CAGAGAGGGCAGGAGACGACGUCGGGGAGGGCAAGGAGCGGAGGAAAUCCAGUGCUACACAUUACCUUUCGUAAAAGUUUCCCCGAGGAAUCCAACUUCGGUAUAUAUCGCUAAUAUCAACGAGACAACGAAAUAUGUAAAAGAAAAAUCGAACAAAAUCGAAGAAUUACUCUGGGACAAUUGAUCAUGAUGGAUGGAUAGUUUUCCAACGCGGAAUUUCCCGUGGUGCGACUUUCCUAUGGCUAUUUCUCAUUAGGGGGGACCACUGAAUGAAGAAAUAAUGCUUCCUGUUGUCUCUUAUGUGGAUAGUUGUUGUGUUUAACAACGCUAUUUUUGGAAGCGUUGAAGCGUUUAUCGAAUAUGAGCCUAUUUAUAGGGGACUGGAAUACGUUUGUCAGGUAGUAGCUGUUGCAACCGGGUAGGAAUCUCUCUUCUCCCCGAAGAGUGGAUGUAUGUGAGAUGAUAAUUCCACAUUAGGACUAAAGUUGCCAAAAAGCAGAGACACAACGCUGUUCUGGACUACGGGAUGUAUCUGUGAGUUGACCCGAUAUAUAACGGCAACUGUUUCGGCCGUACUCAUACAGAGGGGGUCGUUAAUGGAGCUUCAUAGUGGGACCCGCUAGGAUGGACGUGGUUGAUGAAACCGAAGCGUUACAGAGAUUUUUUGAAGGUCAUGAUAUUACCAGCUCCUUGGAGCCAGCGAACAUUGACACCAGUAUUCUGGAGGACUACAUCAGUAAGGAGGACGACAGCACUGACAUCUGUUUUUCUGAGGUCCAUAGCGGUGCCCCAGGGCCUAACUCUUACUCAUCACCCCAAGCCGGCGUUUCCUCUUCUGGGGGUGGUUUGCAGUGUGGCGUGAACCCCCCUAUCCCCCUCCGUCAGGGAAACCCCCACUCCCACCCCCAGCCCUGCCAAACCCCCUACCCCCCACCCCUGAGCCUGCUGAACCACAACAACUACCCCUGCCUGGGGCAACACAACCACCAGCAGAACCACCAGCAGCAGCAGGACCACAUCAAGCCUGAACACAGAGGACACUACGCACCAGGGACGCUCCCAGAGUCCCCCCCAGACUCCAGCUCUGAGCCGUACUCCCCUCAGCAGGUCAAUGACACUCACAUGCUGAGGACCAUGACACCAGAGAACAUGUGUCACAUGACCUCGCCGCCGCUCCCCCCGCACGGCCAUGGCUAUCCAAACAUGCACCGGGACAUGUACCUAAAGCCUGAGCCAAUGAUCUCGCAGUACUCCAUUGGUCCCACCUCCAGUGGGAGUUGCCAGGACCUGCAACAGAGCCAGAUGCUGCAUCAACUAUUGCAACACCCACAACAGGGACAAGAUGGGAUAGCAGUCCACCAGGCAAAGAAGAGGAAACAUGCUGACGGUCCUGACAGCACCCUGAACUCUCAGAUCCUCACAGGUAUCAUCAAACAAGAGCCAGUAGACAUUGUUUCUGGCCCAGGUUUGAUGGCGGAUGCUGAUAACUCCUACCUGGACCCAAACUACCAGUGUAUAAAAUGGCAGCCGCACCAGCAGAACAAGUGGACGCCGUUGUAUGACGCCAACUGCAAAGAGCUCCCAAUGCCCACCUAUCGCGUCGACGCUGAUAAAGGUUUUAACUUCUCCCUGGCGGACGACGCCUUCGUAUGUCAGAAGAAAAAUCACUUCCAGGUCACCGUGUACUGCGGCAUGCUGGGAGAUCCCAAGUACAUCAAGACCAGCGAUGGCCUCCAGCCUAUCGACUGCUUCUACCUCAAACUCAAUGGGGUUAAGCUGGAAGCCAUGAACCAGUCCAUCAACGUGGAGCAGUCCCAGUCAGACCGCAGCAAGAGACCCUUCAAACCAGUACUGGUGACACUGCCCCCGGAGCAGGUUACCAAGGUAACAGUGGGACGACUCCACUUCAGUGAGACCACAGCCAAUAACAUGAGGAAGAAAGGCAAACCCAACCCUGACCAGAGGUACUUCAUGUUGGUGGUAGCGUUGCAGGCCCAGGCCCAGACCCAGACCCACAGUCAGAGCUUCACGGUGGCCGCGCAGGUGUCCGAGAGGAUCAUCGUCAGGGUAACCUCUGCGUCUAACCCGGGUCAGUUUGAGAGUGACAGUGAGGUGUUGUGGCAGCGCGGUCAGCUACCUGACUCAGUGUACCACCACGGCCGGGUCGGUGUCAACACAGACCGGCCAGACGAGGCCAUGGUAAUCCACGGUAACCUGAAGGUCAUGGGGUCACUGGUACACCCGUCCGAUAUACGGGCUAAAGAGAACGUCCACGAGGUAAACACUACAGACAACCUGAAGCGGAUCAGUCAGAUGAGGCUGGUUCAUUAUCAGUACAAGCCUGAGUUUGCUUCCAGCAUGGGCAUCGACUCCAGCCCAGAGACUGGAGUGAUUGCUCAGGACGUGCAGCAGAUUCUGCCUGAAGCCGUGAAGGAGGGAGGAGACGUCAUCUGUUCCAAUGGAGAGACCAUCCCUAAACUUCUGGUGGUCAACAAGGACCGUAUCUUCAUGGAGAACGUCGGUGCAGUGAAGGAGCUGUGUAAACUGACUGACAACCUGGAGACUCGUAUAGAUGAGCUGGAGCGCUGGAGCAGGAAGCUGGCCAAACUCCGCCGUCUGGACAGCAUGAAGAGUACGGUCAGCGGAGGCACCACCAGCCAAUCAGGGAGCCAGUUCAGCAGGACAGGAAGUGGUCCCCUGAAGAGGAAGACAGUGAAACCUGGAAAUAAGAGUGCUACUCCAGAGCAGGGCUGCAUCAGUCACAGGUUCAUGCAGGGAACCAUUCUGGCUCUGGUCGUCGUCAUGGCCUUCAGUGUCAUCUCCAUGUCCGUACUCUAUGUGUUGACACUGCACCACAGAGGGGACGUCAGCGAGAAAGACGUGUCUGCAGAGGGAUCAUCUAGGAUGGCCUCUGCUCCUCGAUCCACCAUCUCCACGCGUCAAGAUACAGUCCCACCCUCUCCUUCACUGGCCAAUCCUGCAGCUUGCUGUCCACCUACAACUGCCACAAACAACCAAUCAGCAACUACUCUGUCGCCAAGCAACAACCAGUCAACACUGGAAGUGAGUAGUCCAGUCCCUACACUGCGCAGCAUCAACAAGAAGGCCAAGUCCAGGCCUAUGGACAAGGACGGACGGUACCGGAACCGUCUCAGCCACACCUCCGCCCCCAUCUACCUGUCAAAGGCUAAGAAACCUGCCCCUGCACAGGACCUGGGGGGUGUAGGGGGAGUGGGGGGGGUCAACAACCGGCUGCCUGGACCGGGUGGGCCUGAAGACCAGCAGACACUGCCCCUGCCUCAGAGACAACGCAGGGACAACACACACAUCAGCACGGAGGAGGAAACAGGAGGAAGAUUGUCCCCUUCCCUUAUAGAUCUGCACAUCCUGGAGACAAACCAACACAUUUCAUCACACAACUGUCCCCAUCCUGACAGCUGCAGCUAUUCAGUAUCACUCCAAGGAACCAGGAACUCCUCCAUGUCACAAAUCACUCUACACAUGAGAUCCAGCGUCAGCGUGUGGGUCAAACAGUGUGCAGUCACCAGAGGACGUCUGUGUCCUGACCACAGAGAGACAGAGCUCUACGCUGGAGAAAGGACAGCUACUGAGGGGACAGAUCACCUGUGGUCAGUAUCUGUACUGUCAUUCCAGGACGUUACCUAUCACUUCAGAGUGGCCAAGUCUAGUGAAGUGAGGUGUGACGUAGAGGAGGAGAACGUAUUUACCACACCGCCACACUCUGACUUCUACUUCCUCAUACAAAGCAGCUGCUCGUGAGAGGAGAGGAAACUAAGCAUGCAAACUAGUAUGCUGCUUUGAACGUUUCCCCUGACUGACCCAGGGUAUCUUAACUACUACACCUCCUAUCCCAUCUCUCUCUCUCUCCUCUCUCCUCUCUCCUCUCUCCCUGGCUCUUUCCUUCCAAUAGGUGAUCUAAAAACUAUUUGCUCUGCUCUCAAACUUAUGAGAGAGGCAUGAUUGUGGAACUGUAUCCACCCAAGCUCCUAUGCCGUAUAUGAUGUGAUACGCAUGUCUAUCAUGAUGAUUUACACUUACAGGGCAUUCGGGAAAGUAUUCAGACCCCUUGACUUUUUCCAGAUUUUGUUACGUUACAACCUUAUUCAAAAAAAAGUUAGGUUUUUUUUGCGUUGUCUUGGCUGUGUGCUUAGGGUCGUUGUCCUGUUGGAAGGUGAACCUUCUCCCCAGUCUGGGGUCCUGAGCGCUCUGGAGCAGGUUUUCAUCAAGGAUCUCUCUGUAUUUUGCUCCAUUUAUCUUUCCCUCGAUCAUGCCUAGUCUCCCAGUCCCUGGUGCUGAAAAACAUCCUCACAGCAUGUUGCUGCCACCACCAUGCUUCCCCAGUAGGGAUGGUCCCAGGUUUCCUCCAGACGCUUGGCAUUCAAGCCAAAGAGUUCAAUCUUGGUUUCAUCAGACCAGAGAAGGAUGAUCAAUGGAAACAGGAUGUACCUGAACUUUAGAGUCUCAUAGCAAAGGGUCUGAAUACUUAUGUAAAUAAGAUAUUUCUGUUUUUGUUUCUUUUAUACUUUUGCCAAAAAAAAAUCUAAAAACCAGUUUUUUGCUUCGUCAUUAUGUGGUAUUGUGUGCAGAUUGAUGACGGGGAGAAAAACGAUUUAAUCCAUUUUAGAAUAAUGUUUUAACGUAACAAAAUGUGGAAAAAGUCAAGGGGUGUGAAUACUUUCUGAAUGCACUGUAUAUUAUGUCUUAAUAACUAUGUUUUUUUGCCAAUUUAUAGCAUCCUUACACAUUUUACUGAACUGGUUUUCUUAUCUACACUCUAACCUUUCCUAAUGACUGAAAACAAAACCCUGUUUUGAACUAAUGGUUUAAUGUUUAAUGGAAAUUCCAUUUGGUUCUAGAACACUGUGGCUUAGUCCCAAAUGGAACCUCCUUCACUCUAUUGUGUACUAAAUAGGGAAUAGGGUACCAUUUGGGCGCAGGCUAUGCCUCAGCAAACAGCUGAUCUCAGUGGCGUAUCAUGAGUAACGUUAUUACGUACCGGGCUGCUUUAUUCUGGGUCAGAUUGAUUUACUCACUGGAUGCGUCCAAAUGGAACCCUAUUCCCUAUAUAGUACACUACUUUAGACCAGAGCCCUAUAGAACCCUAUUCCCUAUAUAGUGCACUACUUUAGACCAGAGCCCUAUAGAACCAUAUUCCCUAUAUAGUGCACUACUUUAGACCAGAGCCCUAUGGAACCCUAUUCCCUAUACAGUGCACUACUUUAGACCAGAGCCCUAUAGAACCCUAUUCCCUAUAUAGUGCACUACUUUAGACCAGAGCCCUAUAGAACCAUAUUCCCUAUAUAGUGCACUACUUUAGACCAGAGCCCUAUAGAACCCUAUUCCCUAUAUAGUGCACUACUUUAGACCAAAGCCCUAUAGAACCCUAUUCCCUACAUAGUGCACUACUUUAGACCAGAGCCCUAUUGAACCCUAUUCCCUAUACAGUGCACUACUUUAGACCAGAGCCCUAUAGAACCCUAUUCCCUACAUAGUGCACUACUUUAGACCAGAGCCCUAUGGAACCCUAUUCCCUAUAUAGUGCACUACUUUAGACCAAAGCCCUAUAGAACCCUAUUCCCUAUAUAGUGCACUACUUUAGACCAAAGCCCUAUAGAACCCUAUUCCCUACAUAGUGCACUACUUUAGACCAGAGCCCUAUAGAACCCUAUUCCCUAUAUAGUGCACUACUUUAGACCAGAGCCCUAUAGAACCCUAUUCCCUAUAUAGUGCACUACUUUAGACCAAAGCCCUAUAGAACCCUAUUCCCUAUAUAGUGCACUACUUUAGACCAAAGCCCUAUAGAACCCUAUUCCCUAUAUAGUGCACUACUUUAGACCAAAUCCCUAUAGAACCCUAUUCCCUAUAUAGUGCACUACUUUAGACCAGAGCCCUAUAGAACCCCAUUCCCUGUAGUGCAUAAAUAGGUCGCUAGCUGAUCCACGAAGGCCAAUGUUAUAUAAAGAAACACAUUUUAAUUUUAAAUGCAUUGAUUCACAGGAGUAAAUCCAUUUUAUAUCUACAAGGAAUGACUCGCCAUGAUAAGACUGGAUAUCAACUCAGAUAACUGGGAACAUCGCACAAUGCUGAGGAUAAACACUAUACACUUUAUAAGAACCAUAUUUUUUUAAAUACACAGUAUGGCUCUACAAUGUAUGAUCUCAGCAGCACAGCUACACUGUAUAAUCUGGAACACUGUAUAUACACUGUAUAAUCUGGAACACUGUAUAAUCUGGAACACUGUACUGGAACCAUAGAGUUAGAAUAAUUCUAAUUAUAUGACUGGAUGGAACACUGUAUAUACACUGUAUAAUCUGGAACACUGUAUGAUCUGGAACACUGUAUAUACACUGUAUGAUCUGGAACACUGUAUAAUCUGGAACACUGUACUGGAACCAUAGAGUUAGAAUAAUUCUAAUUAUAUGACUGGAUGGAACACUGUAUAUACACUGUAUAAUCUGGAACACUGUACUGGAACCAUAGAGUUAGAAUAAUUCUAAUUAUAUGACUGGAUGGAACACUGUAUAUACACUGUAUGAUCUGGAACACUGUAUGAUCUGGAACACUGUAUAUACACUGUAUGAUCUGGAACACUGUAUGAUCUGGAACACUGUAUGAUCUGGAACACUGUAUAUACACUGUAUGAUCUGGAACACUGUAUAUACACUGUAUGAUCUGGAACACUGUAUAUACACUGUAUGAUCUGGAACACUGUAUAUACACUGUAUGAUCUGGAACACUGUAUGAUCUGGAACACUGUAUAUACAUUUACAUUUAUGAUCUGGAACACUGUAUAUACACUGUAUGAUCUGGAACACUGUAUAUACACUGUAUGAUCUGGAACACUGUAUAUACACUGUAUGAUCUGGAACACUGUAUGAUCUGGAACACUGUAUAUACAUUUACAUUUAUGAUCUGGAACACUGUAUAUACACUGUAUGAUCUGGAACACUGUAUAUACACUGUAUGAUCUGGAAUACUGUAUGAUCUGGAACACUGUAUAUACACUGUAUAAUCUGGAACACUGUAUAUACACUGUAUGAUCUGGAACACUGUAUGAUCUGGAACACUGUAUAUACACUGUAUGAUCUGGAACACUGUAUAUACACUGUAUGAUCUGGAACACUGUAUGAUCUGGAACACUGUAUAUACAUUUACAUUUAUGAUCUGGAACACUGUAUAUACACUGUAUGAUCUGGAACACUGUAUAUACACUGUAUGAUCUGGAACACUGUAUAUACACUGUAUGAUCUGGAACACUGUAUGAUCUGGAACACUGUAUAUACAUUUACAUUUAUGAUCUGGAACACUGUAUAUACACUGUAUGAUCUGGAACACUGUAUAUACACUGUAUGAUCUGGAACACUGUAUAUACACUGUAUGAUCUGGAAUACAGUAUGAUCUGGAACACUGUAUAUACACUGUAUGAUCUGGAACACUGUAUAUACACUGUAUGAUCUGGAACACUGUAUGAUCUGGAACACUGUAUAUACAUUUACAUUUAUGAUCUGGAACACUGUAUAUACACUGUAUGAUCUGGAACACUGUAUAUACACUGUAUGAUCUGGAACACUGUAUAUACACUGUAUAAUCUGGAACACUGUAUAUACACUGUAUGAUCUGGAACACUGUAUGAUUUGGAACACUGUAUGAUCUGGAACACUGUAUAUACACUGUAUAAUCUGGAACACUGUAUAUACACUGUAUAAUCUGGAACACUGUAUGAUCUGGAACACUGUAUGAUCUGGAACACUGUAUAUACACUGUAUAAUCUGGAACACUGUAUAUACACUGUAUAAUCUGGAACACUGUAAAUACACUGUAUGAUCUAGAACACUGUAUGAUCUGGAACACUGUAUGAUCUGGAACACUGUAUAUACACUGUAUGAUCUGGAACACUGUAUAUACACUGUAUGAUCUGGAACACUGUAUAUACACUGUAUGAUCUGGAACACUGUAUAUACACUGUAUGAUCUGGAACACUGUAUGAUCUGGAACACUGUAUAUACACUGUAUGAUCUGGAACACUGUAUGAUCUGGAACACUGUAUAUACACUGUAUGAUCUGGAACACUGUAUGAUCUGGAACACUGUAUAUACACUGUAUGAUCUGGAACACUGUAUGAUCUGGAACACUGUAUAUACACUGUAUGAUCUCAGCAGCUGAUAACUGCAUCCAUUGUUCAGGUCCAACACUGACUAUAUGUUUGAAGAACAAUGAAAAUACUUAGUACACUGUAACUUGCCCACUGGAAACUUAGUACACGGUAACUCACUGACUGGACCACUAGCAAAUACUACAUUUGUGUUUUAGACAAAGUACUUUCUUAGCUACAUGUAUGUUAACUUUACAUGCUUGAAUUGUAGAAGAUUGGCGAUUUCUUUCUGCUCUCGAUGAUGAUGUUGAUAACCCACACAAAUACCAACAUCUGAAUGGUGUUUUUUAAACCACCGGUGCCUUAUCUUUCUCUACAAGAAGGCUGGCUUAUCUAAAGACAGAAGCAGCUCAUGGACUUGAUUGAAUGCUGAUUGAUUGAAUGCUGUUCGUGUUUGAGCCACAGAGUGUUUAAAAUCCUAUUUAUUUAAACUAACAAAAGGUGUCCAUUUUGUGACAUGGCCUUGUGUAACUGAAGGAGAAAAAGGUUUGGCCAGAAGCCACGCGAGCAGCCUACUGAAAGGGUUAGGGUUAGGGAGUGAUGGAUUUAUACACUGGAGUAUUGUAUUAGUCUAGCCUUUCCAUUCAUUGCUCUGAACAUGUGUAACGCUUUUCGUCUUCCCCUCCCUGACGGGAAACAACACCCUUUCCCUUCAGCCGUGUUUAUAACUAAUAUCUCCUCUGGAAAACACACCUCUUCACAUGUACUCUGUUAUUAGCCUAUACUUUUUGUAGUGAUAUCUUUUCCUUACUCACUGACCACUGUCCUCUUUGAAACAACAUUGAUUUUGUUCCUCAUAUGUCAUGGAAUACAGAACUAGUAUAUACAUGUAUUAGUAUGUGAUGAAGGACCCCUUUGGAUAUUAUCUGGUAUCUGAAUAUCUCAAGUUAAAUACUUAUUCCCAUCUCAAGUUCAGAAUGCACCAUCUCUCUCCGAUACAGAGACCUGGGCCCGUUUUCAGAAAUCGCCUUAGAGUGGGAGUGCUGAUCUAGGAUCAGGUCUCAGGGUAGGAGUGCUGAUCUAGGAUCAGUUCUCAGGAUAGGAGUGCUGGUCUAGGAUCAGUUCUCAGGGUAGGAGUGCUGGUCUAGUAUCAGGUCUCAGGAUAGGAGUGCUGGUCUAGGAUCAAGUUCCCAUUGUCGAUGUCCCCCAAAAAUAUAUUUGAUCACAAAUACAGGCCCCUGGUUGGUUGAAACAGAUGUAUUGACACAAGAUCCCUCUGACCAGUAUGUGUUUAAUCUUACCUGACCUGUCAUGUCAUAAGAAAUCUAAAUUCAAAAAACAAAUAAUCAAAUGAAUAUACUUAAUUGAAGAUGACACAAUAUAAACAUAUAGUAUUAUACUGUAUUACCAAUAUGAUUUUGCCAUACAUGAGUACAGUGUACUGUUUGUUGUAGCUUAUUCAUAAUGCACCAGCCAGCCUUUAUAGUGACACCAGCAUAGUAAGUGUAGUUUAGCACUGUAUAUACGGACUGCUUAAUGCUCUGAUGGUGUUUCCAACUGGUUCCAACUGGUUCCAACCGGUUUCAAAUGGUUCCAACUGGUUCCAACCGGUUUCAACCAGUUCCAACUGGUUUCAACUGGUAUAGAAGCUGAUUACGUGUUACUAUGUAGCUUCAUUUUGUAACAAUCUAUGCUCCUUUUUUUAUGUUCUUGUUUUAUCACUAUAAUGUUUACUCCUUAUUACUGUUGUAUCAUUAAUAUGUAAAUGUUGUUUUAUGAAAUUAUAUGCCAAUCAAAAUCACUAUUCUCCUUUUACCUGUGUCGCUGAGAAAGAAAACACAUGGGCGUGUGCACGCACACACCUCAAUACACACACACACACCUCAAUACACACACACACCUCAAUACACACACACACACCUCAAUACACACACACACACCUCAAUACACACACACACACCUCAAUACACACACACACACACCUCAA